GACAUGCAUGUUUUCAAAUCCGCCCUCUCAACCCAACCCCAGAAUUCUCCUUCUCUGGGCGGUCAGUUUCAGGGACGGUUUAAUUUCACUACUAGAAAGACGUAACACAGGAACAACAGAGGAAUAACAAAGUACGGUUGUGUAGCUGCUAUCUCCGCCCUAGUCAGCUUUCGAUUUUGAUAAAUAGCGACGAAGUAGAGCACAGUCGCAUUCAUCUCGUUCAAUCACAACCAUGGCAGCCCAGGAUUUUAAUAUUUUGCUGGCGACAGAUUCAUACAAGAUUACACACUACAAGCAGUACCCUCCCAAUGUCAGCAAGGUCUACUCCUACUUUGAGUGCCGCCGCAAAAAGGGGGGCGCCCAGUUCAAUGAGAUUGUGUUUUUUGGCCUUCAGUACCUCCUGAAGAAGUAUCUUUCAGGACAAGUCAUCACUGAGGAGAAGAUUCAGGAAGCCAAAGUCUUUUACCAGAUGCACUUUAGACAGACUGUGUUUGAUGAGGAAGGCUGGAGGAAAGUGCUGGAGAAGUAUGAUGGCCGUCUCCCAAUUCGAAUCAAAGCGGUUCCUGAGGGGAAGAUCAUUCCCAGAGGGAACGUCCUCUUCACAGUGGAAAACACAGACCCAGAUUUCUUCUGGCUCACCAACUAUAUUGAGACCAUGCUGGUCCAGAUGUGGUAUCCCAUCAGUGUGGCGACUAUCUCCCGGGAGUUUAAGAAGAUCCUGGCCAAGCACCUGAAGGCCACGUCAGGCAGUCUGGAGGGCCUGGACUUCAAACUGCAUGAUUUUGGCUACAGAGGGGUCUCCUCACAGGAGUCUGCGGCGUUAGGCGGGGCAGCCCACCUGGUGAAUUUCUGCAGUACAGACACUGUAGCAGGGCUACUGAUGGCCCAGCGAUACUACGGCUGCCCCAUGGCAGGCUUCUCUAUGCCUGCAGCAGAGCAUAGUACGAUCAUCUCGUGGGGGCGGAGCAGGGAGAAGGAGGCCUUUGAGAGCAUGCUGGACCAGUUCCCGACAGGGCCGGUGUCAGUGGUCAGUGACAGCUACGACAUCUUCAAGGCUUGUAGACACAUCUGGGGGGACAAGCUGAAGGAGCGCGUGAUAGAGCGGAGCGAAGACUCCUGCUUGAUCAUCCGGCCUGACUCAGGAGACCCCGCAGAGACCCUCAUCGAGGUGAUAAAGAUUUUGGAGGAGUGCUUCGGUUGCUCUCUGAACUCUCAAGGCUUCAAGGUGCUGCCAUCUUACCUGCGUAUCAUCCAGGGCGACGGCAUUGAUCUCAACUCAGUGGAUGAGAUCCUGGAGAAGUUGAGUGACGAAGGCUGGAGUGCUGAGAACGUGUUCUUUGGCUGUGGGAGCGCCCUCCUUCAGAAGCUCAACAGAGACACACUCAACUGUGCCUUCAAAUGCAGCUAUGUGGAGACCAAUGGGAAGGGGAUGGAUGUGUACAAGCAGCCUGUGACCGACCCGUCCAAGGGGUCAAAGAGAGGUCUUCUGUCGCUUAGGAGAAACUCUGAUGGCUUCAUUGAGACUGUGGAGCGAGGGAUGGGCAAGCCAGAGGAGGACAUGCUGGUGAUUGUGUUUGAGAAUGGCUCCAUCGUGCAGGAGUACACUUUGGAGGAGAUCCGGAAGAAUGCUCGGCUCCAAGAAGACGAUAUCACCCCUUCCCAACACAACCAGGACGAUCCCAAGAGCCUGGAGCUGCACCAGAAACACAUCAUGAACGGGGUGCAUUAAGCAACCAAUACACCCACCUGUAAGGCAAUGCACUGACUGUCCGUAAACUGGAGGCAUAACAUAUAAUGAACUGGGUUUCCUCAUUGCCAGAAGGCCUACUACAGUUCACCAUUAGAGUGCUCUGAUUGUCAGGGAACAUAAGAAUGGUCUUAUUGGAGCUGCACCAUAAGCAAACUUUUUUUUUAAAUUUGGGAUGCAGUAAUCUUCAGCACUAGAGUCACAUAAUGGACUACUGAUCAUCAACCUAAAUGUAAUUCCUUGUUCAACACUUCAGCCCAUUGGACCAAUGACUGACCUGCUGUCUCGUGGUUUAGACCAUGAGUCUUUAUGUUGUACUUCUAUGUUUGUCUGAAGAGCACAUAAUAUGCAUCACUAUGUGUUAUCAGGCAGCAUAUGAUAUCGGGCAUUUCAUGGCAACACCUGUAGAGUGGAAGGAUUCAUCUGAUUAAGCUCUUUAGCAGGCUUUGAAGAGCUGUUAUUACUGUUCUAUUUCACUAGAUGGAAAGUUAGUUUUAGAAUUGACUGAUCCUUGUUUUUAGUCUGUUAAGCAGAAUUUUUGUAGUACAUUAACUGAUUCUGUUUGACAUUUUUUAGCCAUCAUAGCAAUGCUGCACUUUGCAGAAUCCUAACUUAAUUUUGAACUCCGACUUUUGUGUUGAUGUCACUAGGACUGGUGUGCAUGUGUUGUAUACAUGCAAAUGUAGUUAUGCACGUGGGUCUCAAAUUGGGAUUCUGUAAGAGAAAUGUAAUGGAUUUUGUUCUAAUUGAUUGAUAUACCAGUGAGCUAUUUAUGUUGACCACAAGCUUCCUAAGACUACAUCAAAGACUAUUGAAAUGUAUGGGCUCCAGACUUGUCUGACCUCAUACUUUUGUUCUCCUGCCUUUGGAACCAUUGCCAUUCGAAUCAGUCAUCUGGGUUUUUAUUUUCCUUUCCAUUUGAAUCCCCAUUCUCUGUACAAAUUCAGCGUAAAAUUAAGUUCUUUCUUUUGUGAAUCGAUUUGCUUCGGAUGCCUUUAAUUGUCUGUGAUGUACAUUAAAUGCUGGUCUGUGUGCCUGGUGCUGUCCCAGACUGCUCUUCAGUCUGGUGGAGACCCAAGUUAAUUAAGACAAUGCUGUAGUUUAGAUCUUUUAGCCCUUUUCAGCACCAUAUUAUCUAAAGCAAAAAUAAUUUUAGUGUUCUGAUUAAUUGGGCAAGAAGCAGUUGACCCUACCUCUUUUUCUAUAUAAAUUAUAUUGUUACUGUACAUGAAGAUUGAUACUAAUGGUAUAUUAUUAUUAUUAUUAUUAUUGUGUAAAUACCUUAAGAAAAGUGUGUUCUGCUUUUAGUUAAUUAAAUGUGACAGCAUUAGUUUGUUUUUGAGUUUUACAAAAUCUAUAUUGUAUGACAAAAAAUAAAUAUGCUCUUGACUGAAAA